UGACGUGGCCUGCCUGCAGAACCCGCUGGGGCCGAUGUCAGUGCCUCGAAAGAUGUCCCCUGGGCCCAGCUGGCGGCACGGGGGCUUCGUGGAUGGCAACCGAGGACCGGGAGAACAUGGAAGGCCGGGGCGCAGGAGAGAGCUGCCCAGCCAUGCCCAAGCCGCUGCAGGGAGAACCCGUCCCUGAGGGGAAGCCCAGGGUCAUCGUGGAGGCAGAACCCCUGAAGCCAGACUCCUACGACCACCUGGAGGAGACGGCCAUUUGCGAGGACGGAGGCUGCCCAGGGCCGCCCCAGGCUGGCCUCACCACCAAGGGCCAGGCGGGUGACGGACCUGAACCCGUGGAGCUGGCCCGGGCCCCGGGGGUGGAGCACAAGACCGAGACAGAGCUGGAGAAGGCGCGCAUGGAGUUUGAGCUCACGCGGCUCCGGUACCUGCAUGCCGAGAACGAGCGGCAGCGGCAGCACGAGCAGGUGAUGGAGCGGCUGCAGCAGCAGGCCGCCGCGCGCCCGGUGCGGCCGACAACCUGCCCGAGGGCGCGUGCAGGAAAGAACGGCGCAGCAGUGAACCCAGCCCUGCCCGGCGCCAGCCCUGUCUUCUUUCCCCCACAGUUCCCGGGAGGCCUCCAGGACCUCCUGCUGCCGCAGAACCAGUUCGCCAUGCUCCUGUGCUGUUUCAUCUUCAUCCACAUGAUCUACGUCACCAAGGAGACGCUCUUCUUCCUCUUCUCCAGGCACUACCUGUUCUGCAUUGCCGCCAUCUUGCUCUGCUUCAUUAAAACGCUGUGGUCCUACUUCCAGGUGCCUUUGUUCUCUCCAUCCCUGGGAGCCCCCAUGCCGGUGGUAUUGGGGUACAAUGCAAGCUGGCCCCAGGGCUCCUGGUUCCUGCACACGGUACCCCCCUUCCAUCAGAGCCUGUUCUUAGGGGAGGCUCUGGUGCCAGCCACUGACAUCCAGGAAGGAGGGAACACACUCGGGCCCUCGUAGGGAACUGGUGGCCUC